AUGUAUAUUGGAUGUGGACGAGUUGCCUUACAAGUGAAUUCAACAAGCGCAAGCGAUUUCAAACGAGUGGUUCUGCUUUCACUGCACAAUAUCUACUGCAGUUACAACUUGAUCAAUCUGUUGCCAGACAGGGUCUACACAAUCUGUCUACGAUGGUCUCUUACCGAUGAUGGUACUGACAUUCACAGUGUAUGCCUGUCUGAAAGGACUCAAAGAAGUCGUUCGAUCAUGGAAGAUCUAGGGGUCGAGGGAGUAGUAGUUAUUUGUGUGAUAUUUAUUGUUCUAUUUGUUUUCUUCUGCGGAAAAUGGACGUACAAUAGAUACUUCAUCUACUUGCGAGCGCGGCAACAAUCGAAAAUGAUCCAGUCCGUUUCGGGACAAUCAGUACUGAGCCAGCGUAGUGAUGAUGCGAUAACAUUUGAGAAUCACCAACUUCAGAUGUGCUCUUCGUUUUGCGAUAGAGACACCAUGGCUCAUGGACCGCUUCUGAUCAAUGUGACGUGA